AUGGACAUGGACGUUAAUGUGGACAUGGACGUUAACGUGGACCUGGACGUGGACAUGGACGUGGACGUGGAGGUGGUCGUGGACGUGGACGUGGACGUGGACGUGGACGUAGACAUGGACAUGGAAGUGGACGUGGACGAGGACGUGGACAUAGACGUGGACGUGGACGUGGACAUGGACGUGGACGUGGACGUGGUUGUGGACUUGGACAUGGACGUUAAGGUGGACAUGGACGUUAACGUGGACGUGGACGUGGAGGUGGUCGUGGACGUGGACGUGGUCGUGGACGUGGACGUGGACAUGGACGUGGACGUGGACAUGGACAUGGACGUUAAUGUGGACAUGGACGUUAACGUGGACCUGGACGUGGACAUGGACGUGGACGUGGAGGUGGUCGUGGACGUGGACGUGGACGUGGACGUGGACGUAGACAUGGACAUGGAAGUGGACGUGGACGAGGACGUGGACAUAGACGUGGACGUGGACGUGGACAUGGACGUGGACGUGGACGUGGUUGUGGACUUGGACAUGGACGUUAAGGUGGACAUGGACGUUAACGUGGACGUGGACGUGGAGGUGGUCGUGGACGUGGACGUGGUCGUGGACGUGGACGUGGACAUGGACGUGGACGUGGACGUGGACAUGGACGUGGACGUGGACGUGGACGUGGACAUGGACGUUAACGUGGACGUCGACGUGGAGGUGGUCGUGGACGUGGACGUGGUCGUGGACGUGGACGUGGACGUAGACGUGGAUGUGGACAUGGACGUGGACGUGGACGUGGACGUGGACGUGGACAUGGACGUGGACGUGGACGUGGACAUGGACGUGGAAGUGGACGUGGACGUGGACGUGGACUUGGACAUGGACGUAGAAGUGGACGUGGACGUGGACAUUAACGUGGACCUGGACGUGGACGUGGACGUGGACGUGGAGGUGGUCGUGGACCUGGACGUGGACGUGGACACCUGGAUGUGGAAGCGGACGUGGACGCGGAAGCGGACGUGGACGCGGACGUGGACGCGGACGUGGACGUGGACGCGGACGUGGACGUCGACGUGGACGUGGACGUCGACGUGGACGGUGGACGUCGACGUGGACGUGGACGUGGACGUGGACGUGGACGUGGACGUGGAUGUCGACGUGGACGUGGACGUGGACGUGGACGUGGACGUGGACGGGGACGUGGACGUGGACGUGGACGGGGACGUGGACGUGGACGUGGACGUGGACGUGACGCGGACGUGGACGCGCGGACGUGGACACGGACGUGGACGCGCGGACGUGGACGCGGACGUGGACGCGGACGUGGACGUGGACGUGGACGUAGACGCGGACGUGGACGUGGACGUGGACGCGGACGUGGACGUGGACGCGGCCGUGGACGUGGAUGCGGACGUGGACGUGGACGCGGAUGCGGACGCGGAUGUGGACGUGGACGCGGAUGCGGACGUGGACGUGGCCGUGGACGCGGACGCGGACGUGGACGUGGCCGUGGACGCGGACGCGGCCGUGGACGUGGCCGUGGACGCGGACGUGGACGUGUACGUGGACGUGGACGUGGACGUAGACCUGGACGUGGACCUGGACGUGGACGUGGACGUGGACGUGUACGUGGACGUGGACGUGGUCGUGGACGUGGACGUGGACGUGGACGUGGACCUGGACCUGGACGUGGACCUGGACCUGGACCUGGACCUGGACGUGGACGUGGACAUGGACUUGGACGUGGAGGACUUGGAUGUGGACGUGGACGUGGACGUGGACGUGGACGUGGACUUGGACGUGGACGUGGACGUGGACUUAGACGUGGACGUGGACGUGGACGUGGACGUGGACGUGGACGUGGUGGUGGACGUGGUGGUGGACGUGGACGUGGACGUAGACGUGGACGUGGACGUGGACGUGGACGUGGACGAGGACGUGGACUUGGACGUGGAUUUGGACGUGGACGUGGACGUGGACGUGGACAUGGACGUGGACGUGGACCUGGACGUGGACGUGGACCUGGACGUGGAAAACUUGGACGUGGACUUGGACGUGGACGAGGACGUGGACGUGUACGUGGACGUGGACGUGUACGUGGACGUGGACGUGGACGUGGAUGUGGACGUGGACGUGGACGUGGACGUGGAGGACUUGGACGUGGAGGACUUGGACGUGGACGUGGACGUGGACGUGGACGCGGACCUGGACGUGGACGCGGACGUGGACGCGGACCUGGACGUGGACGUGGACGUGGACGAGGACGUGUACGUGGACGUGGACGUGGACGUGGACGUGGACGUGGACGUGGACAUGGACGUGGACAUGGACUUGGACGUGGACUUGGACGUGGACGUGGACUUGGACGUGGACGUGGACGUGGACGUGGACGUAGUCGUGGACGUGGACGUGGACGUGGACGUGACACGUGGACCUGGACCUGGACGUGGACGUGGACGUAGACACGUGGACGUGACACGUGGACGUGGACGUGGACCUGGACGCGGACGCGGACGUGGACGCGGACGAAGACGUGGACGUGGACGUGGACGCGGACGUGGACGGGGACGCCGACGUGGACGCGGACGUGGACGUGGAUGUGGACGCGAAGACGCGGACAUGGACGGGGACACAGACGUGGACGUGGACGCGGACGCAGACGUGGAGGUGGACGUGGACGCGGACGUGGACGUGGACGUGGACGAAGACAUAGACGUGGACGUGGACGUGGACGUGGACGUGGACGUGGACAUGGACAUAGACGUGGACGUGGAUGUGGACGUGGACAUGGACGUGGACGUGGACGUGGACAUGGAUGUGGAAGUGGACGUGGACGUGGACGUGGACUUGGACAUGGACGUUAACGUGGACAUGGACGUUAACGUGGACCUGGACGUGGACGUGGACGUGGAGGUGGUCGUGGACGUGGACGUGGACAUGGACGUGGACGCAGACGUGGACGUGGAUAUGGUCGCGCAGACGCGGACAUGGACGUGGACGCAGACGUGGACGUGGACGCGGACGCACACGUGGAGACGUGGACAACACGUGGACGUGGACGUGGACGUGGACGUGGAAGUGGACGUGGACGUGGACGUGGACGUGGACUUGGACUUGGACAUGGACGUUAACGUGGACUUGGACGUGGACGUGGACCUGGACGUGGACGUGGACAUGGACGUGGACGUGGACGUGGACGUGGACGUGGAGGUGGACGUGGACGUGGACGUGGACGUGGACGUGGACAUGGACGUGGACGUGGACACGUGGACGUGA